AUGGCGGUGGCCGCGCACCGGGAAGGGCAGGUGGGCAUCCACCCAAACUGGAAAAACCUGACGUUGGUUCUAAAUUGCGUACGGCUGAGUUCCGGCGCCCCAGGCUCCUUAGGCCACGGGAAACUGAGGCCGAAAGAGCGGCCGCGCAGGCGACCAGGGUGCGCCCUACGAUUCCGAGUCCGGAACCGCUUCUCGUUCUGCCAGAAGCGUCAGGUUCCCGCGGUCGCGGGGCUCGGAGGCGACUUCCGCCCAGCGCUGACCUCCAGGACCAGCUGCAGCCGGCACCGCCUCCUUUCCGUCGGGCCGGCCGGGCAGCUCGGGUCUCCUCGGGGCCCCGACAGCCGCGACCUACGUCUCCGGGUUGCCGUGCUUUUGGAUGAGGUGCGGCAGCCCUCAGAACAGGGCCUGGGCAUGAGUCCCUCUGUCAUCUCCCCCAGAGGAUUUGAGAGCUGCUUGUCUUACAUGAGGACCAAGGAAAAGGAAGGGUGGGCUGAAGGGAGGCCCCUCCCUCCUCAUCCCCAUGCCUUCUCUCCUGCAGGUGUGGGCAAGAGCAGCUUGCUGUUACGAUUUGCAGACAACACCUUCUCAGGCAGCUACAUCACCACAAUUGGAGUGGAUUUCAAGAUUCGGACUGUGGAGAUCAACGGGGAGAAGGUGAAGCUGCAGAUCUGGGACACAGCGGGGCAGGAGCGCUUCCGCACCAUCACCUCUACGUAUUAUCGGGGGACCCAUGGGGUCAUUGUGGUUUACGACGUCACUAGUGCUGAGUCCUUUGUCAAUGUCAAGCGGUGGCUUCAUGAAAUCAACCAGAACUGUGACGAUGUGUGCCGAAUAUUAGUGGGCAAUAAGAAUGACGACCCUGAGCGGAAGGUGGUAGAGACGGAAGAUGCCUACAAAUUUGCUGGGCAGAUGGGGAUCCAGCUCUUUGAGACCAGUGCCAAGGAGAAUUGCAAUGUGGAAGAGAUGUUCAACUGUAUCACAGAGCUGGUUCUACGAGCAAAGAAAGACAACUUGGCGAAACAGCAGCAGCAGCAACAGAACGAUGUGGUGAAGCUCACGAAAAACAGUAAACGAAAGAAACGCUGCUGCUAAUGCCCCAGCCCACUGCAGAGACUGCAACUGCAUCCCUCCCAGCCCGAGGCUCUGGAGGCUCCUCGGGGGACAGUCUCAGUUUAGUGCCGUUAUUUAAAGAAUUCUCUCCACGUUUUUGUACUGGGAGGCGCCAUCGGCACUUCCUGCCCCUUUCCCCUUGAGUGCCAAGAAGGUGUUGGACGAGCCUGCCCUUCCCCACUGGUGCCGAUCUCCCUGCUGAGGCGCCUGGACCUGGUGAGGACGCUGCCAGCUGAGUGGACUGAUUAACCAGUUUGUACAUAGUGUAUAUUGCAUUAACCAGCUGCACACCCUCAGCCUGCUCUGGCUUUUGCCUCCUUCCUGCCAACCUGCUGCAACAGACCCUCCCGAGCCCUCCUAUCCCAUCUCGACGGCAGCUUCCUGAGGAGCCAGUCUCAUGUCCUAGCUGAGUCUUUGGCCAGCCUGGGCCCAUGGAGUGCACUCUACAUGGGUCUUGCCCCACAGCUGCUCUGGGAGCUGGGGAACCUGGCGUCCACACAGGCCCUGCCCUUGGCUGGCCCUAGGCCACAGAGAAAGUCAGUUCUGCCCUUUUAGCCAACAGGUUUCUCAUUCUGCCUUCCAGAUACCUCUGCUACAAACCUAGGGGAGCCGUGGCUUCUCACUUACCCAACGUGUUUCAGUACCAGCAGAAAGGUAGCCUGGGUACCUUUGUUCAGAGAUCGAGCUUGCAAGGGGAUCAUUAAUAUAAAGCCAAAUGAAGCCAAAUCAAAUGAAUUAAUUUCCCCAGUUAUUUCCUUGAGACUUGAUUGGCUCAAUAGCAAAAGUUGUGAAUUGUCCCACUUUGGUUUAGUAUUUUUAGAAAAGGUGUAUGGCUUCUGUUCAUUGUGGGCUAGGCUCUUUCCCUUUCAUGGGAAAAGGUGGGCUUUGCACCCUUGUUCUGUGUAUGCAAGGGCCUCUCACUGGAGCUAGUUUCUCAGGUAACACCAGGCACCUCUGGCACUUGCAGGAAUUGCUGGACCAUGAGACGACACCUCCAGGCUAGCAUAGGCAGCUUUGCAUUACUGACAGACCUGUUUUAGUAUGAAGAUGGUAGGAAGAUUUCUUAGCCACUGGGAAGAAGUGGCAGUGGGGUGGGGCAGCUAGUAUUGACCCACCUACCCCAGUCCCCUGGAGUAAAAACCAGGGUAAUCUACAUUUGAUUACCUCCCCCCCACUUCCUCAGACGUUUGGUUCCCUUUCCCCUAAAGGAUCAUGUAAUUGGGAAGAACUGAUUGGACACCGUAAUGCGUUUUAUUAGAUUUUCUUUCCAAGGCAAUUUCCAGGCACAGUCCUGACUGGACAAUCAUCACAGAUUACUGCAGAUUUUCCAUGGUAACACUGUGGAUGGGUUUUUAAUCAAUAAAACUGGGGCUUUCUUCUCA